AACGGCCCGAGCAACUUGGAUCGCUGAACCCGAAAUCAGCUACUAUCAAAUUACCAACUCCAUGAUACCGAUAAAUAAUUGUUCAUUCAUCAUUUCACGAACUGCAGUCCUCGUUGUAGCAUUAGCAACUCGCCAUUAGCAAGGUCAUCUUCUUCAUCUCGAGAAAAAAUGGGAGGAGGCAUGGAAGCAUCCAAGAACAAAUUCAUUGAAGAUUGGGGAACUGCUAGAGAAAAUCUAGAGCACAAUUUUCGUUGGACUCGCCGUAAUUUUGCCCUUAUUGGCCUCUUCGGUAUUGCUAUUCCCAUCUUUAUCUACAAAGGCAUCGUCAAGGAAUUUCAUAUGCAAGAUGAGGAUGCUGGGAGACCAUACAGGAAAUUCAUUUGAGUUUUGCUGGUGCAUCUUGUAAUAAUGGUGGUUGAAUCAUAACCGUUGUUUGUUGGACACCAGGAUGAUUGCCCUUUUACAUUGAACGUAUGGUUCUUGUUUUGCUCUGUAGAUUUCGUUUGUAUCUGCUUUUAAACUGAUUUCACACCCUCCCCUUCUGAAUAUUCAGUUAUAAUUAUUGCUGUACUGGUAGAACUGUUCAAUUCACUGAUGCCUAUUUUAAUAACUCGAAUUGUGCGAGAUGCUUCGAGUUUGGGUUACAA